AUGGAGGACCCGAUGACAGCAACAGACAUCUCCCCUUCAGAUGGAAUCCCGACAAUAGAUCCUUCUCCUGAUUCUGUUGAUGCCCUUCUGAGUACAGAGCUUUACGAGCUUUCUCUGAUAGAACGUGAUCAGGUACUGGAAGACAUCCAUGGCAUACGAGCUGAGGUAACGGAGACUCCUGAAUUGAUUGCAUCGAGCCUAGAGAAAUUAGAAGGUGAAAUCAAGCAGAUUCGUAGUAAGAGUGAAUACGACUAUGCAUACGCUAUUGACCCCCAAUACAUGAGGAAACCCGAAUUUCGAUUACGAUUCUUAAAAGCAACAUCAUUCGAUGCCAAGGCUGCAGCAAAUAAAAUUGUGAAUCACUUUGCAUUAAAGACCGAGCUAUUUGGGAAAGAUAAAGUCGCACGUGACAUCUCCCAAGAUGAUCUUGACAAGAAAGAUCUGGAAUGUUUGUUGUGCGGGUAUCAGCAAGUUCUUCCAGUUAGGGACCGAGCUGGGAGAGGAGUGUUUCUCUUUCUUCCGUACCUCAAAACUGAUUUGGACAUCAAACAUAAGUUACGUUCUUUGUUUUAUUCAAUGAUGGUGCAUCUAGAGGAUGAGGAGAUCCAAAAGAAAGGUGUUGUGUCAAUAGUUUACCUCGUAGGCUCGCAGAUCGACCGGCAAGCCGCCUGGGCCGAACCACGUUUGAUGUCUAUAAUGCCGAUGAGAGAAUGUGCAGUGCAUAUAUGUUAUGAUAACGUUCUAUUGUCGCCUAUUGUAGCACUUGCACGAUUCGCUGUCGGUACUUUGACCAGGCUUCGGAUGAGAACAAAUUUUGGUCCCUUUCAAGAUUGUGUGGACGGGUUGAUGACGUAUGGUAUUCCCACCUAUGCGCUCCCAUUCGACGAAGAUGGUAAAGCCAGCAACGAAGACCACAAAAUAUAUUGGGAAAAGCGUAGACAGCAUGAGAGGAGAACUACUAGAGGGGCAAAAUUCAUUGCCUUCCCCGGUCCUAACGAUGUUCUAGUUGGCCGAGGAAAGCUUUGCCAGAAUCAUAUUGGCAGUGUACGUUACCGGAGCUUGGUGGAAAAGUACAAGGACAGGUACGAUAGAUCAUCGAAUUUCGACAAGACUGCAAUCGCCUUUAUGAUCAUCAAGAUCGUGAAGGAGUCAACUGGUCGAUUUUUGAAGGAAGAUAGCGAAGGAUGGAUUGAAGUAGACGACAACAAAGCGAGGGCAAAGACAUCACACUUGUUCCGAACACUUCGCUACAGCCAAAGUGCUAGAGCAAUGUCCAAUUGA